GUUUUCAAAUCUGGGAGCUUCCUCCUGCACAACCCAAACGACGAAAUGAUUCCCUUUAUUUGUAGUCUUCUCUCCGUUCUCCCCAACCUACUCACUCAUGUCAACAGGGAUCGUGCUGUCUCGUCUCGCCGUCGAUCCAUACUCUCUCGUCGUCGUCGUCGAUUUCUCCAGCUCCUCUCAUCCCUCCUUUUUUUUUGUUUUGGUUUCCGACGGAAAUAUGCUGCUAAAUGAUUAGCGGCCGGAAGAUCCAUUGGCCCAUGCCAUGCCGUAGUCCAUGCUCCAUGAUGGAGAGGAGGAGCUAGCUGCCCUGCUGCCUCCAUCUCUCUCUCUCUCUCGGCUCACAUGCGUCGCGCGCGUCAAUGCGUGCAUGCACCACCAAACAAAAAACCUAAAGCGACCACCCAAGCCCUGAGGCGAGGCGAGGCGAGGCGAGAUCUAUCUUUAUAUAUAGCCUUGAAGCCCUUGGAACACUUCAUCUCCAAAUUAAGUCGCCGAGCUCUGAAGAAUCUAGCUAGGAGCAGGCCGCCUACGCCAUCGGCCGUCCACAGCAACAUGUGCUCCGGCUCCUGGUUCUGGAGCAGCAGCGGCAGCGGCAAGGAGCACCCGUCUCUUGUCGUCGUCAACCUCGAGCGGCAGCUAAAGAAGACGCUGGCCGUCAGGAGAAGGAGGAGGUUGAGGCUGAGGAGGUUGCGAGACGGAGGAGCAGAGGCCAUGGAGAUGGUGAACCUGAAGCUGUAUCUGGAGAACCGGUGCAUCAUCGCAGAGAACGAGAGGCUCCGGGAGAGGGCCAGCGCGCUCCGCCGCGAGAACCUCGCGCUGCUCCAGAACCUGUCGUCCAGGACGGCGGCCGUGCCAGAGCCAGGAGCGGGAGCUGCGUGAGGUUGCUGCUUCGAUCCUCUGCCUGCCUGCCUGCUGAACAUGAAGUAGCGAGCUCGCGUCACCCUCGUCGUUGGUGCUUGUGCUACUUGUGUGGACAGGAGACAGGCCAGUGAACUCGUAGCCCUAGGAGGCCAUCUGCUUGGCUGCUCCGCCAUGUCUGUGUGGCUCUGUGCUCAACUGCUCAUACAUAAACCGCCAGGUUCCUGGAGCUCUCUUGGGGUGCUCUGCGCCAUGGUGUCUGUACAUUAUAAGUGCGCGGAUUAACUAGAUUUUGUUGGCAAGAACUAACUCUUUUGGUCAUAUAAGAACACGGUCAAGUUAAUUAUUA